CACUCGUCCGUUCAAAGACAAGGAGACAUGUCGACCCUUGGUGUCAAGUCGCCGACUCGGCUGAAGUCUCCCGUGGCUUACUCUUCCGUUGCUGCUUCAUCGGAGCUUCUCACAGUUAGGCAGAAAGAUGAAUUUGUGGGAUAUGACUUCUGCUUCGACACCAUCGUGUUUGAGGGCGGAGGCAACAAGGGAUUGGCGGCAACGGGGGCCAUUCGGGUCCUUGAGGAGCUUGGCUACUGGGGAAACAUCAAACGUUUUGCUGGGGCCAGUGCCGGUUCAAUGGUUGCUGCUCUUGCGUCUGUUGGAUAUAACUCGUAUGAUAUCGAGACAUUCCUGAGAGGUGAUAUCACCAAAGUCUUCCUUGCAAGGCAAGCUUGGCUGCAUGGCUUUUCUCCGUGAACUCAUUGCUGAGAACAAGUUGGUGCGCAAGACACGAACUGCAUGGUGGUAAAUCAUGGUCAAUCAUCCGCCUUUUUGCGUUAAAGCUUGUUGAAACGCUCACCAGUUUAGCUUGUUCUAGGCUAUGUUAUAAGCGAGGACGAUGACACUUAUCAUUGAGGCUAUGAAACGCGUGGUGAACUUGAUCUUGUACGUUAGGUUUUGACAAGAGUGCUCCUACAUAAAGUCCCACGCAGUGUAAUUUUACGGAAACUAUUUUGGUUUUUAAGGACUCAAUUUCUUUCACAGUUAGGUAAAAUUUUCAAUGUUUUUCCUUCAAAGUUCAAUAAUUAGAGGGUUUUUUCUUUAAAAUCAUUUGUAUCAUCACAAUUUAUUGACAGUAAAAUGUAAAGUACAUGUUCUUUCAAAUUGGUAUACUAACGAUACUGGGUUUCAUGGCUUUGUAGUUUUUUCUUUAUAUAGCACUGGAGAUGUAAUCCUAAUUUCUGUGAUGAAACUUGUCUUGUUUACAAACGUUUUACAAGGAAUAUUCAGAGUAAGUUGUGUAGUAAAAUUGAAUAUCGUAUACCGGGCUUAUAAUUCGGGGCGUGUGGUAAGAUUUAUAUAAUUAUAUCAAUUUACUUUUGCUUUUGUUGGUUUAUUUUAUAGGUUUUCCCGGUUAUUUUAACAUAAGUAUCACACGAAUUCCCUCGAUACUUUAAUUUCGUCCCAGAACAUUGCCAAGCUCACUUCUUAAAAGCCACCACUAAAUUUCAUUCAACGUUCAAUAUAAUUCAAAUUUUAA